AGUCAGCAAGCAAGAGGAAGAAGCAACAAGCAACAAGCGAAGAGUUGGUGGUGUGCUUUUCUUGCUUGGCGUUGGAGGAAGGUGCACGCACACACAUCAGUCGCUCGCAUCAUACAUCACCAACAACCAACAACCACGAUUGCUUGCUACUCUCUCCACCUCUCAUCCCGAAGCCGCUGAGUUCAUUCCUCACCAAGAAACACGGCACAACUGGAGACGACGACGUAUAAGGGACAGAGUGUGCAAGUACACGACACGCACCAAACCCAUCGAUCAACCAUGAGCGGGACUGAGCAGGUGGCACGGCCCCAGUUUGUUUCAAACUUGAGUGGCCAUCAUCGCGGAGCGGUGGCAGACGCCAUUUUUGUUCCAGAAGCCGGCGCAGUAAUCACCGCCUCAGCUGACAAGCAGGUGUUGGUGUGGCUGAAGCGUGAUGACAGCACCUACUGGCCGUCCCUUCACCGGCUCAUGCCAGCGCCAGUGACCCAUCUCUGCUUUCACGAACCCUCGCGCACCCUCUUCGUCGGCCUCGAGAACGGUGCCAUCUCGGAGUAUGAGGUGUCUGCAGACUACAACAUCUUGACCGCUACAAAAGGAUACCCAGCGCACUCUGGAGCGGUGACGGGCAUCGCAUAUGAUGCGCAGCGGCAGCAGCUCGUGUCGUGUGGGCGCGACAAGACCGUCACUGUCUCCACCACGGCCGGCAACGGCAAGCGGCUGGCGUGCGUCUCCCUGCCGUCGUCGUGCAUGUGUCUGCAGUAUGACGAGAAGAGCCAGACCACGUUCAUUGGCGACUUUAGCGGUGAUCUGUACGUGUAUCGCCUCGAAAACAGCAAACUGCAGAUGGUCGCCGGCCCGCUCAAGGGCCACACAGGCUCUGUGCGUGCGCUGUCGUGGGCUGCGCAGAAGAAGUGGCUGUUCUCGGGCUCCUUUGACCAGACGGUGAUUCUGUGGGACAUUGGCGGUCAGAAGGGCGAACGCAUCGAGCUCAGAUGCCACACGUCGCGAAUCAGCACGCUGGUGCACCUCCCCGAGGAGCAGACGCUGCUGUCGCUCGGAACAGACGGGCUCCUCGUCAUAUGGGACCUCAAGACACAGCGCACACCGUGUCCCGAUUGGGAGGAGAGUGACACGUGCCAGCUGUGCGAGCUGCCGUUCUUCUGGAACGUCAAGAAGAUGUGGGAGAACAGGAGCGUCAGUGUCCGUCGCCAGCACCACUGCAGAAUCUGCGGCAAGGCUGUGUGCGACGAGUGCUCGCUCACGCGCUGCACAUAUCCGAUCAUGGGCUUUGAGACGCCUACGCGCGUGUGCAAUGCAUGCAAGGAGGACGUUAUGAAGGCAGACCGCACCCCCUUGGCCAAGCGCUUCCCGUCGAUUGCGGCCGCUGCCCGCGCGCGCGUGGAGACGAAGACCAACACGCUUGUCAUUUCCUGUGACGACGGCAGCGUCAAGCUCAUGGACCUGACGCCAGUGCUGCACCCCGAUGCCCGCGGCCUCGCGUCCUCCGACAGCCCCUCCUCCCACCAUCACCACCAUCGCCAACAGCACGCGUCGCUGGACGAGGUUGCGCAGCAGCAGCGCGCCCCACCAACAGGGGCCGCGCUCACGAGUGUCGUCGAUCUGACGAAGCGCCCGGACAGCGACGAUGAUGACGACGACGGCACUGACUUCUUUUCGCGCAUGGACGAGGCCGAAGACGACGACCAGUUUACAAAAGCGGCAUGAUGCAAUCCCACGCACACACAUGCACAUUCACACAUACACACACACACACAACGCCCGUUGUCUUUCUGUACACACAAUGUAUACGCCCCCCCCUCCCCUUUCUCUCUCUUUCUCUUGCCGUCAUGCCCUUGCCUUGUUUGAUUGCAUCUGCAUGUGUCACGCGUGCGCGAUUGCGUGCCAUCACUGCUUGUCUCGCUUCUUGUGUACAUUUCGUGCUGGUGCUGUUGGUGUCAGAAUGCGUCAUGCCACCAUCAUUGCUUUGCUCAUUCGUUUAGUGGAUGCGUUUGACAACGAACCAACACUUGUCUCGCCAACGCACGCAACAACCAUGACGUGUGUGUGCGUGUAUGCGAGUG